CUCUGCCAACAUGGAGAAGUCUUCAUUCCUCCUUGUGUGCAUUCUGGUGGCAUGUUCAGUCUGGACAGUCGACGGGAGGAGACUCAAGGUCACCAUUGACGAUCAGGAGCAGGUGGACAUGGAAAUCUCAGUGAUGGCUGACAAGGAAGUCUCUUUGAAGGACGGCGAGGAAGUCUCUGUGAAAGCUGGAAAGCUUCCCGGUGUGUGCUGGGCGUGCAAGUGGGCUUUGAACAAGGUGAAGAAAGCUAUCGGACCCAACGCCACUGCAGAGAAACUGACAACAAAGCUGAAAUCCGUCUGCGACCAAAUUGGCCUCUUGAAAACUCUGUGCCGCAAGUUUGUGAAGACGCACCUCGCAGAGUUAAUCGAGGAGCUCACCACCACUGAUGAUGUGAGAACCAUUUGUGUCAACACUGGAGCCUGCAAGGCAAAGGAGUUGGACCUGCUGGAUUAUCCACACGACGAGGAUUCAGAGAUUGAAGUGAUUGAAUAUGUCCGAGGUCGUAUGCGUGCACAAUAAUCACGCUUAUAAUCACGCUGCAACCAGUUUGCUUGUGGCAGUGACGUACUGACCAACAACUCUGUGCAUUACAAUAUGUGAUAAAGGAUUUCUUACAGCUUCUUUCUGCCACUGCUUUUACUUUGUGUUGCACUUUAUGCCUGUAAUGUUAUUUUCUAUUUUUGCAUCUGCACACAAUGAUAUCAAUAAAGGUUUGCAUUUCAAA